UUAAACUCCCGCGCAUGCGCACUCCACCAAGCAGCAAUGGCGGCGCCCGCGCUGCCCACCCCACAGCACCACCACGUGGGGCCGCACGGGCCCUUCCGCGACGUGUACGAGCCGGCUGAGGACACCUAUUUGCUGCUGGACGCGCUCGAGCUAGAUGCGUCCCAGCUACGAAACACCCGAGUUGAGAUCUGCCUUGAAGUAGGCUCAGGCUCUGGUGUGGUUUCAACAUUUCUGGCUUCCAUUGUUGGACCCAAAGCAUUAUAUAUAUGUACAGACAUCAACCCUACAGCAGCUUUUUGUACCAUGGAGACAGCUCUACUUAACAAAGUUCACAUUCAGCCAAUUAUUACCGACCUGGUCACAGGACUGGUACCAAGAUUAAAUGGAAAAGUUGAUGUAUUGCUGUUUAAUCCACCUUAUGUGGUGACCCCUUCUGAAGAGGCAGAAAGCCAUGGAAUAGAGGCUGCCUGGGCUGGAGGCAAAAAUGGCAGAGAAGUAAUGGAUAGACUUUUUCCUUUAGUAGCAGAUCUGCUUUCAACAAGAGGAUUAUUCUAUUUAGUCACAAUUAAAGAAAACAAUCCAGAUGAAAUUUUGGAAAUCAUGAAACAGUGUGGUUUAAGGGGUGCUAAAGUACUUUCCAGACAAGCAGGAAGAGAAAUGCUCACAAUUCUCAAAUUUAGCAAAUCUUGAUGGCUGCUCCUAACCUUCUGUAUGCUGGAGAUUGUUAAACCAUAUGUGGUUCAUUUUUCUGUAUGUCAAGCUAAUUUGUGACUUUAAACCAAAACUCAGCCUACCUCCCUUAGAAAAAAAAAUCUUGUCAUCUCUUGAGCACUAUAGGCAAGUUAAUCAAGGUUGUCCUUGUUCCUGCACUAUGACUGUGUCAAUGUGCUGUGACAUGCAGUCCAUACGAAGGCAGUUGUUUGUGGGCUUUGGUCUUGUAUGUAGUGUGGUAGAAGAGCUAAAAGAUGCACUUUAAAGGCGGGUAUUUACAUCUUAAAUUUGGCUGUUAUUUACUUUGUUUUAUAAUUGGAAAAUUAAGUGAACUGGUGUAUAUUUUUGUCUUUGUCAUUCAGU